CACUCUAACCCCGGGGGCGCGCAGCUCGGUGAUCAAUGAGGGGACAUCUACACUGAUCAUCAGGGCACUGAUGAUCAGUGCCCUGAUGAUCAGUGUAGCCCCAUCAGUGCCACCUGUCAGUGUCCAUCAAUGACAACCUGUCAGUGCACAUCAAUGCCACAUAUCAGUGCCUACCAGUGCACAUCAAUGCCACAUAUCAGUGCCCAUCUGAGCUGCCUUUCAGUGCCAACUAUCAGUGCGAGUCAGUGCCACCUAUCAGUGCCAGACAGUGCCGCCUAUGAGUGCUUCCAAUCAGUGCCAGUCAGUGCCACCUAUCAGUGCCUGCCAGUGCCGCCUAACAGU